AUGACAGAGCACUUUACUUCUAAUUCUAAUACUAAUCCAGCCUCUGCUUCUGCUUCUGCUUCUGCUUCUGCUUCUGCUUCUGCUUCUGCUUCUGCUUCUGCUUCUGCUUCUGCUUCUGCUUCUGCUUCUGCUUCUGUUAUAAAUAAUAAUAGUGAUGAUAAUACUUUAAUAAUAUCAAAGAAUUUAGACCAACAGAAAACUGAUACUGAAAAUGAAACUGAAAAAGAAGUUCCCUUGGAUACAUUAGAUAAUACUGAAAAUAAUAGUGAUGAAGAAGAUUUACUUGGUCACAGAAUGGGGAUUAAUUCUUUAGAAUUAUAUACCCUUUUAAACGAUAUUCUAAACAAUAAAAAUGAAUCUCUUUUGAAUGAUUGUGAUCAAAAACAAAUUAUUAUUGAUCAAUUACUUAAUCAUAUGACUGAAACUAUCCCUUUCGAAAUUUUUAAUAGUAAAGAUAAAGAAUUAAACGGAAAAAUUUUAAAAUUUGGCAACUAUUUAAAUGAAAAAUUUUUUAAGAAUAAAAAUCUACCAUUUACUAUUAUUAGAAUAAUUGAAUUAUGUUUUAAUCCAUUGAAAUUUUUCAAAAUUAAUGAAUUUUCUAAAUUUGUUAAUUCUAUGGAAAAAUGUUGUUUUGUUGAUUCAAUUUAUAAAUAUUCGAAUUUUAAUUCUAUUAAUAUAAUUGAAAAAAAUCAAAAUCCUUCAAAUGAUGUGUCUUUAAUUAAAUUAGAUUGGUUAAAUGAAGAUACAAAGUCACAAUUAAAACCAUUUAUAAAAGAAAUAGAUGGUAUAAUUAAUUCCACUUUUGGUUAUGAUGAUGAUGAUGAAGAGGAAGAGCCAGAAAAGGAAGACCGAGAUUUAGAGGAAGAUAUUGAUAUUUUAGAAUCAAAAGAAAAAGAAGCUUCAGACGAAAAUGUAACUUUACAAAAGGAUAAACUUGAUGAUGAGUGUGAUAGACGUCCAUCAAAUAAUAUAUUACUAUCAAAGGAGGAUGACGAGGAUGAUGAUGAAGAUGAUGAUGAUUACAUAGACAAUUCUACUAUGGAUAUGGAUGAGUUAACAAAUACAACUGAUGAUGAUGAAGAGAAAGAAGAAGUGGACGGAAAUGAAGAAGAAGAAGAAGAAGAAGAAGAAGAAGAAGAAGAAGAAGAAGAAGAUCCACAGCAAGAAUAUAUAAAAACCGCGUCAUUAAAGCGUAAGAUAUCGACAGAAUUAGAUGAUUAUGAUUAUACAAGCUCUCUUUAUAAUGGGAAUAACAACAAUGUAGAUUCCAUUGAAGAUAUAUUAUCAGAUAAUAUUCAUGUAACUAAAAGACAAAAAUCGAUGAAUAAUAGUUAUCAUAAUGAGGGGUCAAUUUCAACUACAACAGAUGAUAAGAACAAUACUAAUUUAUCAUUGAAAUCUCCGUCUGAAACCACAUUAGCCGAUAAUGAAUCUGAAUCGAAUUUAAAGGAUUCAAAUUUGGAAGAUUCAACUCACAAUGCAUUAGAGAAAAAAACAAACCUAUAA